GACACAGUACAGCUGGACUGUAGUAACAGUGAGAAUCAGAAGAUGGACGAGUGUUACUUCACAAUAGAUGGAAGAGAAAGUAAACUGAGCAGAUCAUGUCAACUAUCACUCACUGGAUCUGACAUCAUUGAAUGGUCAGGAGGUCAAAAGUCAUCUUUCAUCAUAACCUGCUUCUACACUGUGUAUAAAUCACAAAAUCUCAUGUCAUCUUCACGUUCAGAUCCAGUAACAGUUCAGAUUUCAACAUCAUCUACCACUACAACUACUACAACAACAGUCAUGACAACUUAUUUUCCAGCUGAAGCUGUAACGUCCACAACUAAAACCAAAGCUGUUUCAACAUCAACCACCCCUGUGGGUACUACAACAACAGUCAUGACAACUUUGUCCACUACUGAAACCAAAACAGCUGUUUCAACAUCAUCUACCACUGCAACUACUACAACAACAGUCAUGAUAACUUCUGUUCCUCUGACCACUGAUAUUUCAGGGACAACUCCUGAAGAUAAAGACACAGAAAUGUGGCAAAUAAUAUGGUGGUCAGCAGUGGCGUGCUCUGUGAUUGUACUCACAGGACUCAUAUGUCUGUGCAAAUUUGCAUGCAAAAAAAGAUCUAAACGUCAAAGAACUGCAGGAGAUUCGCGUGCUUCUGAACAUGCAAAUAUAUACUCUCUCAUCACUUCUGUACCAGACACAUCUAAACCCACAGACAGCAAACCAGGUCUCUCAGAUACUUACUCGCUAAAAACAACCUUCCAGCCCUCAGGCCUCAAGCAGCCACAGUCACACCAACAAAGUAAACCAGAGACUUACUCGCUCAUUACUUCAACUUCACAGCCUUCAGAUGUUUUGGUUAAUACACAACACAAGAAGGGACCUACUGCAGAGAAUGAAAAUGUUUAUCACGUCUACUGCACCAUCCCAGACAAACCAGUAAGAGCUGUUGCUAAACAUCAGAUCUACAGUUUGGCUAUAUGACUUUCACUCAAGACUUUGUUCAUUAUCUUCUUUGUUUAUUAUUCAUUUACAUGACAUGUAUUUGUAAAAUGUUUAAAUAAUAAAUAAACUGUAUUUUAAAAGAAUAUUACUGUAUAAUACAGAGCAACUUAAUAAAGUAACUAAUAAAAGCCAGAUAUUUACAGAGAUUAACCUGAAAGGUAGUUGUUUUUAAUGUAUUUUCACACAAUUUAUCUGUUUUUCUACAGUUUAAUAACAAUUAUUAACAGUAAUAUACUGUAAUUUAAUGAAUUAUGACUGUAAAGAUUUUCUGUAUUUUUACGGUUUUUGCAUGUAAUUUUGAAAAACGUUUUUUUUUUGCUGUAAUUUGACGGAAUCCGUCUGGCAACUUUGCUGCCAGAGAUUUACUGUUUUUUUUACAGUUUUUUUACAGU